AGGGAGUUAUAGUAAAAGAACUCAAAGGAGCAUUUGACAGAACAGUUGGAGUGCAUAGGAUCAUAUGUUGAUUGUGGAAGUGCCAAGGUUCCUUGGACAAAACUCUCAUUAAAUCACCUUCACAGCCAAAGGUGAUCAUAAAAGAAUUCUCUUCAUAGGUGGAGACAGUGACUUCAAAUCUCCCUUUCCAUUGAGUAGUAAGGAAGUUGGUAAAUUGUUUUGGGUUAAAGCCUCUAUGAGAGAAAAUACGACAGAUAAUUCGAUGAGAGACAGGUCGAGUGGGUGGCCUAGGAAGGUUGGACAAAUUGACAACUUCUCUUUCCCGAUUAGAGAGGGCUCGUGAAAUAUCAGGAUGAAAAGAAUCCAUAUUUGCAGUGGAAGGAAGCCUGUAACUGAUGCAGAAGAAGAAACCUUGAAGAAGAGGAGGUUAUAAUUUAAAAAAGAGAUGAGCGGGAGUGGUUGAGACUCAUGGGAGGAGGUUAUAUUAUAAAACCUGGGCAGAAAAUUGAAGAGGAACAGUUAAAAAGAAAAAAACGGAAACAACUGCCACAGAGCAAAUUUUAAGGGCAGACAAUGCUCAUAUAUCGUUACAAAAUAUCUUCAAUAGUAGUGAGAAGAAACCUUAAAACACAAAAAAAAGAAUUUCUCUUGUUUCUCAAUCAAAAUAUUUUCUCUGAUCAGAUCGGUAUUCUUAUACUGUAAGUAUAAAGAUUUCAUUUUUAAGUUCCUAUAUUCAUACAAAUAUAUAAAUUUUUCUACUUUUUAAGAACAAUUUAUAUAUCUAGUUUCUUUUCUUUUUAAGUGUUCUAAGAUUAACAGAGGAAUCUGUAUAUAAAUUGUUGAUUUUUAUUGAAGAAAAUUUGAAAUUGUUGAAAAAAAGGAAUUGGGUUAUAGUUUUAAGGGUGUAAUUGUUAAGAAUUUAGUUUGAGAAUAUGAGUAGCAGCAGCUGUAUUGGGAUUCAUUCAAUGAAACCUUGUUGUAGAAUUCUAGUUGGCUGUAAAAAUCGUUCCUUUUUUGGGUUUUCUUCACCCAAAUUGAACGAUUCCAUCACUGAAAAUUCAUCGAGAUCGGUCACCAGAGGCCGAUUCGGUGGCUCUAAUUCUCAAAUUGUAGGCUAUGUAUGUGUUACUGAUCAGAACCGGAGGGCUUUUAAUGAAUCUGGUUCAAAUUGGGGUCAGUCUAGGGUUUUUAGAAGAAAUUUUCUAGGGAUUACAGGGAAUAAAUUUAGUGGUAGCAGUAGUAGUUUUAGAAGGAGGAGGAGGGUUUUAGUUGUAAGAAAUGUAGCCUCGGAUUUUCGAAACCAUUCUACAUCUUCUUCUUCUUCGGUGGAAGCUAGUGUUAAUGAAAAAAGCUUUGAAAGUAUUUACAUUCAAGGUGGUUUGAAUGUGAAGCCUUUGGUGAUUGAAAAGAUUGAGCCGGGUUCUAAUGAUGUGAUCAAGAAAGAGGAAGAGUCUUCUAGUGUUGGAGACUUGAAUGUGGAUGUAGAUAGUUCUAAUUUAAAUGAGACUAAGGUUGAGAAAGAGGUGUCUGAGAGUGAGAAGGAGGGGUGGAAGUUGCUUUGGGAUUCAGUUGUCACUUAUUGUGGGAAUCCUGUGGGAACUGUAGCUGCAAAUGAUCCGGCCGACAACCAACCUCUGAAUUAUGAUCAAGUCUUUAUUCGCGAUUUCGUCCCAUCAGCACUUGCUUUUUUGCUCAAGGGAGAAUCUGAGAUUGUAAAGAAUUUUCUGCUUCACACUUUGCAAUUACAAAGUUGGGAAAAAACUGUGGACUGCCAUAGCCCUGGGCAAGGGCUGAUGCCCGCAAGCUUUAAAGUUCGAACUAUGCCUCUUGAUGGAAGUGAUGAAAAAUUUGAGGAAGUUUUAGAUCCGGAUUUCGGUGAAUCAGCCAUUGGUCGCGUUGCACCUGUUGAUUCUGGGUUGUGGUGGAUUAUUUUGUUGAGGGCAUAUGGAAAAAUAACAGGGGACUAUGCGCUGCAAGAGAGGGUUGAUGUCCAGACAGGUAUAAGAUUGAUUCUUAACCUGUGUUUGGCUGAUGGUUUUGACAUGUUUCCCACUCUCUUAGUCACGGAUGGUUCCUGCAUGAUUGAUAGGCGGAUGGGGAUUCACGGGCAUCCUCUAGAAAUUCAGGCUUUGUUCUACUCAGCUCUGCGAUCCUCUCGUGAGAUGCUUAUUGUGAAUGAAAACACUAAAAAUUUAGUGGCUGCAGUCAAUAAUCGACUUAGUGCACUUUCGUUUCACAUUAGAGAAUACUAUUGGGUGGAUAUGAAGAAGAUCAAUGAGAUUUAUCGUUACAACACUGAGGAGUAUUCGACAGAUGCUAUCAACAAGUUCAAUAUAUAUCCAGAUCAAAUUCCUUCUUGGCUAGUUGAUUGGAUUCCUGAAGAAGGUGGCUACCUUAUUGGCAAUCUUCAACCUGCCCAUAUGGAUUUCAGGUUCUUUACACUGGGAAAUCUUUGGUCUAUUGUUUCAUCCUUGGGCACCCAGAAACAGAAUGAGGGCAUUUUAAAUUUGAUUGAGAACAAAUGGGAUGAUCUUGUGGCACAAAUGCCUCUUAAGAUUUGCUACCCUGCUAUGGAGCAUGAAGAAUGGCGUAUAGUCACUGGCGCUGACCCAAAGAAUACCCCAUGGUCAUAUCACAAUGGUGGGUCUUGGCCUACACUCUUGUGGCAGUUUACAUUGGCAUGCAUCAAAAUGGGGAGGCCAGAAUUAGCACGAAAGGCAGUUGAUUUGGCGGAGAAUAGACUUGCAGCCGAUCAGUGGCCUGAAUACUAUGACACAAGAAGUGGAAGAUUCAUAGGCAAACAAGCUCGGCUUCGCCAAACAUGGACCAUUGCUGGUUUUCUAGCCUCUAAAAUGCUUCUAGAGAACCCAGAGAAGGCAGCAUUGUUGUUCUGGGAUGAGGAUUACGAGUUGCUUGAAACUUGCGUCUGCACACUUAACAAAACCAACCGUAGGAAGUGUUCGCGUUUCGCUUCAAAAUCUCAGAAUAUGGCGUAAUGUGAUCACGCUAGCAUGGGAAGGGAAUAAAGUUAUGGAAGAGAACUCUGCUUUAAACCACCCUUAACAGGUUGUGUUGAUGACUUCCUCUAUAACAGUAAAGACAUUAAUUUGUUAGUUUUCUUACUUUCUAGUAUUAAGCUGACCAAACUGCCAAUAUGAUUGUAAAAUAUGUAUCCCAUAUCAUAAUUUUUGCUUAGCAUGCCGAUUCCAUUUAGAAUGGCUUUAUUUUAGAGAAGCCUUCUAACUCAUUUGUUUGGUUUAUUUCCCAAUUGGGAUUGGAAUUGUAAGCAUUUUAGUCUGAAAUAUAUUAAACUCAAAAUAAAUUUUCUUUUCUCUA